CUGCAGGUGAGCAGCGGAGCAAGACUCACCUCUCCCUCCUCCUCCUCCUCCUCCUCCUCCUCCUCCUCCUCCUCCUCCUCCUCCUCCUCCUCCUCCUCCUCCUCCUCCUCCUCCUCAUCCGCCGCCUCUUCUUCUCUCAAGCCCCUCUUCCUCCUCUCUGACUCUCUCCCUCCAUCCCACCAACCUGACAUAGCAUGGGCCACGUACGCCUCUCUUCGCAACACCAGUGCCACUGCUCUUCUGGUUCUAGAUUCUAAGCGCGAACUUCUCUAUGCUCCAGAUGCCUUCACUCCUGCUGAUCGCCGCUGGCUUGCUGCUCUCGCUGCACGCAUGCACGCCCUUCUCUCUUCCCCCUCAUCAACUUCGUAA